GGCCUUCCGCUCCAUUAUUUUCUCAGUACGCUUUGUUUGUAAACUUGUCUUCUUUGUUUCCCAAGGAAGAAGGAAGCAUCAAACAGCUAGAAAUCAUGAUUGGGAGGUUCGCGCUGACAGCCUUUGGAUGGCUCGCGGAGAGCAUCGUGGGUGUCUUGGUCGGGAAGGCCGUCGAUCGUGCUGUUCAACAGUUCGGUGAGCAGCAUGGAGUUGAAGAUGACCUCAAGAAGCUGAAGGAUUCUCUCGCCAACGCCAAGCUGAAGAUCAGCACCAUCGAGAACUUGUGGCUGAAAGAUGAGUUCCUGCAGCAGAGAGUGAAGGACUUGCUGAUAGACCUCAAGAAUGCUGCUUAUGAUGCUGAUGACUUACUGGAUGAAUUCCAAUACAGGAUUCUGAAGCAGCAGAUCGAGCAGCAAGGAGAUGAGGCUGGUAAACGAGCAUCGUCUUCCUCCUACUCUGCUCCCCCUCCAAGCAAAAGGACAAAAACUUCAAUUGCAAGUUGUACCAGUGGCCUUUUCAGAAAAGGAGAUGAUGAUGAUGAUAAUAAUAAUGUGCAGAAAAUCAGGAAAAUAAAGGGGAGUUUAGAUGACUACUCAGCUGCUCUCGAGGAAAUUUACAGUUCGCUAGGCGCAGAAGAUGAUAGAGGAAAGCAACAAUUAGUGUCCUCAGCGAGCCGGCAAACGAGCUCCUUUUCGACUGAACCUCAAUUGUUUGGCAGAGACAAAGAGCUGCAAGAACUCAAGGAUUUGUUGUUCAAACCAGCAGUUGCAUCUGAAUUUGGCCAAAGUGGAGUUUCUGUUUUAUCUAUUUAUGGUAUGGGAGGGAUUGGGAAGACCACUCUGGCUCAGGAGGUUUUCAAUGACAGUAGUGUAAAAGAAUACUUUAAGCUCAGAAUUUGGGUCUGUGUUUCUGAAAAUUUCUGCACAGAUAGGCUGACCAGAGAGAUUAUAGAGUGUGCAACCACGGAGAAGUGUGAUCUCACGAAUUUAGAUACUCUUCAAAAGAUUGUCAAUGAGAAGAUCACGCCAGAGAGAUUUCUUCUUGUAUUGGACGAUGUGUGGAACGAGGACAGACACAAAUGGGAGAGCCUCUGUGCGCCAUUGAGGUCUGGAAAGCCCGGUAGCAAGAUAUUGGUAACAACUCGCUCUAGGAAGAUUGCUGAUAUGGUCAGUGAUGCGGAUGCCAUUCAUCUGCAAGGUCUUGACGUGGAGAGCUUCUGGGAUUUUUUCAAGAAAUGUGCAUUUGGUUGUUCACAUAGUGGUGCUCAUCAUCCUCAUAUGGAAGCCAUGGCGAAGAAGAUGACUUGCAAGCUCAAGGGAUUGCCGCUUGCAGCAAAGACUCUAGGAGGGUUGUUGAGCGUGAAAUUGGAUGAGCAAUACUGGGAAAGCAUUUUAGAUAGUGAAAUAUGGCAGCUUCCCCAAGAAGAAAAUGGGAUUAUGCCAGUGCUACAACUGAGCUAUCAACAUCUCCCUCCUCAUCUUAAGCAAUGCUUUGCAUUUUGCUCCUUGUUUCCUAAAGGUUACAAGUUUUCUGAAUCUGACUUGAUCGGUAUUUGGAUAGCAGAAGGAUUUAUAGUGCCUCGAGGAAGUACCAGAAUGGAGGAGCUAGGAAGCAACUAUUUUCAUGAGUUAGUUAACAGGUCAUUCAUUCAAGAGUCAAAGUAUGGAGAAUGGAUAAUGCAUGACCUCAUACAUGAUCUUGCAGAACUCAUAUCUGCGGGCGAGUCUUACAGGAUUGAAAAAGGCAAGUCCCAUGACAUUCCUAGCACCAUUCGUCAUCUUUCAAUAUACACAGAUAAAGAAGGUAUGCAAACAAUUUUAACAGAAUUCUCUCAUUGGAAUAAAUUACGAACAAUGAUGUUGACAGUAGAAAGAUUCCCUCGGGAAGAUUUUAAUUUUGAUUGUGGCGUUUUGGAAAAAUUAAAAAAUAUUCAUGUGCUUGUCUUGAAUAAUUGUUCUUUGAGAGAAUUACCCGAUGGUAUUGACAAGUUGAUACAUCUCCGCUAUCUUGACUUAUCCUAUAAUGAAGGCAUUCAAAGGUUACCUGAGUUAUUAUGCGACUUGUACAAUCUGCAGACAUUGAUAUUAGGAUUUUGUGAUAACUUAAAAAGUCUCCCGCAUGGCAUGAUGAAGUUGAUCAACUUGAGGAAACUUUAUGGAGUGGAUAGGCUUAUUUCCGGGAUAACAGAGAUCGGGAAGCUUACUUCUCUUCAAAAUUUGUAUUCUUUCAAAGUGACAAAGGAUAAUGGACACAAACUUGUUGAAUUAAACGGUUUGAAACAACUCCGGGGGUUUCUAUGUAUAACAAAUCUUGAGAAUGUGAAGAACAAGGAUGAAGCAAAUAUUGCUAGUUUGAAGAGUAAAGAAUACCUCGAUGUGUUGGAGCUAGAAUGGACAUCUCUGCAAGAAUCUGAUUCAGACGUUAAUUUGCACAUCUCAGAACAGGUGCUUGAAGGUCUCCAGCCGCAUCACAACCUACAAAGGCUGAUAAUCAAAGGAUAUAAUGGAGCUAGACCUCCCAAUUGGCUACACAAACAAGUAUAUUCUAGAUUGGGAUCUCUCCAUCUUGAAAAUUGUAAAAGGUGGAACGAUCUGUCAGCUAUUGGGCAAUUAUCACAAUUAAAGUUCCUCUACCUUGUGAGAACUCCAAUCCAGACCAAAAAUAUACACAAAUUGUUCAAUCCAAAAGUCUGCAAGUUCUUCUCCCAACUAGAAGAGUUGGUACUAGAGGGUAUUACCAUGUUGGAGGAUCUCCCAAAUCUUGGACAACUUCCAUGUCUGACGUUCAUUCGCAUUCAGAGUUUGCCGGGAGUGAAGAAGAUAGGUGAUAAAUUCUUUGCCAUGACAGAGGAAGGCAGUUGCUUUCCUAGACUACGUACUCUCCGAUUCAUAGAAAUGCCAGCAUGGGAAGAGCUCUAUGGAUCCGAUGAUAGAAAUCUAUUUCCCUGCUUGGAGGAUCUUUAUAUUUCAAAUUGCCAAAAGCUGCAGAUGUUACCUCCCCUUCCUCCUUCAAUACAACAAUUAAAAUUAAAUAACGUUGGGCUGGUAGAUUGUCCAAGAUUCUGGAAAGCAUUUGAUGAAGGUAGCAGUACAACUAAUUCUGCAUCUCUUACGUAUUUGUCCAUUCAGAAUUGUCCAAAUUUGACAAGUCUAGAUCAAGGAUUACUACCACACCAUCUAUUUCCCUGCUUGGUGAAUCUUGAUAUUUCAAAUUGCCAAAAGCUGCAGAUGUUACCUCCCCUUCCUCCUUCAAUACAACAAUUAAAAUUAAAUAACGUUGGGCUGGUAGAUUGUCCAAGAUUCUGGAAAGCAUUUGAUGAAGGUAGCAGUACAACUAAUUCUGCAUCUCUUACGUAUUUGUCCAUUCAGAAUUGUCCAAAUUUGACAAGUCUAGAUCAAGGAUUACUACCACACCAUCUAUUUCCCUGCUUGGUGAAUCUUGAUAUUUCAAAUUGCCAAAAGCUGCAGAUGUUACCUCCCCUUCCUCCUUCAAUACAACAAUUAAAAUUAAAUAACGUUGGGCUGGUAGAUUGUCCAAGAUUCUGGAAAGCAUUUGAUGAAGGUAGCAGUACAACUAAUUCUGCAUCUCUUACGUAUUUGUCCAUUCAGAAUUGUCCAAAUUUGACAAGUCUAGAACCAGUGUUACUACCACACCAUCACCAUCUACAGAAGAUUCAUCUAAAAAAAUGUGAACAAUUGUCGUGGGUGCCAGUCAAAAGGUUGAAAGAACUCACCUCUUUAUGGUCAUUGUCAUUAAAAGAUUGCCCGAAGCUCAUGGGCAUGAGCACACCAGAUGAGUACAUUGAUUUCCAACUCCCGCCAUCAAUUACAGAACUAUGUUUGUCUGAUUGUGAAAAUCUUUUCAAAUCACUGCCUGGCUGCUUGCAUAACCUUACCUCGUUGACUUCCUUGUCGGUAAGCAAAUGUCCCAAUCUAGUUUCUUUGCCAGUAGAACCAUCGCUUAGAUUGACUCGUCUAGAAAUCCAGAAUUGCAAUGAGUUGAGAUCAGUAGAAGGGCUACCAAUAAAAAAUCUGGAGGUCUUGAAGAUUAAAGGAUGCCCUAAGCUUCUACUUCCACAAACAGAGAAAUUGCCAUUGUUGAAGUUAGAGAUUGAUGACACAGCGUUUAUGAAACAACCUCUCAUAAAAAAUUCAUUAUCAUCUGUCCGUGGACUUACAAUCUCAUCCUCUCGUGAAGCGGUGAUGUUUGAGGGGGAAGAUCAGGAGUCACUGCAAAGCUUGACAUCUCUCUAUUCCUUUUGUUUCUCUGAUUGCAAGAAUCUACAAACCCUGCCAGCAAAAUUGUACACGCUUAAGUCCCUUCGGUUUUUGCAGAUACAUAAUUGCCCACAAAUUCAGUCUCUGCCAGAGAAGGGGUUACCUCCUUCCCUUGCACAUAUAAAUUUUGAAGGUUGUGAUCAAGCAUUGGAGCAGCAGUUGGUAAGACACUUGGCAGAGAUUAAUAAGUCAUGACUUAUUCCAUCAUCAUUAAGACACUUGGUGGUGGAGGUAAAAUCACGGUACUAUUUAUUUUCUUCAGUAGAGUAAUUAUACAUUUGCAAUUCAUUGGUUUCGCCGCCCAAUACUUUGCUUCAAGAAAUUAGUACCUAGAGAAAUAAUACUGAGAUAGUGAUCCAUAUUAAAAGCUACAAGGAGAUUGAUCUUUCAGCACGUAUUCGAUAGCAACGUUUAUUUCUGCUAUCAGAGUUGUCAAAUCUUCAGAUGCUAUUUUAACAAACUUCUACAAGUUGACAAUUAGGAGCUAGAAUGGAUGUAAAAUAAUAACCCAAAGCCAACCAGCUAUAAAUACCGGAGCUCUCUAUGAAGUACAUGCGCCAUCUUUCAACAUAGUAAUGCGAAUCAGCAGAUCUUCAUUUGUCAAUUUCUCUUUUGUUCUCUACGAGAGGAGGGGGCAGAUGCGAUCUUCAAGAACAUGAGAGGACGAUAGGGUUGGCAAUGUCGAGGGGCAUGGAGGUUGAAAGACAAUCAAAGGGUCGGCACUGAUGGAGUUGUCGAUUGAGAAGGAGAUGCAAAUUGCAAAACAAAGAACGUGGUUGCUCGUCGAGAGGGGAUCCUCCGGACCACUUUUUGUUGUUAGAGGAUCUCCCUUUAUAUGUAUUGAUGGGAAUAGAUGGUUCCUACCUAUUUUACGAGUGGAGAUCAUCCAUCUCCAUCAAUACAUACAAAGGGAGCAUCCUCUUAACCGAAUCUGAACUGUCGUCACUCUUUGAUCCUCCGAUCUGAACCAGCAGAACCAUUUGAGGCGGCAACAAAAUCGUUGAGGACAAUAGAAUCAACGAGGCCAAAUGGCCGGGGAGAGAGAUGAAACGGGAACUGUCAUCUUCGAAUUUGAAAUUCUCAAAACGCUAGCAAUGGUGAGUCAGUCACAGUAUGCAUUUAGUUGUACGAAGCUCUUGUAAGACAUCUUUUUAGACAGAUUGUACUUUCAUUUCUAAAACUGUCUAUGAAGAUUGUACGAUGUUCUUCAGCUACAAUCAAUAUGUAUCUCCACUUUCUCAAUUUUUAAAACAAAAGUCAAAAUUAAGUUGGUUUU